UAAAGUAAAAAACAAACAAGCGCAUUUUGUGCUUCCCAAAAGUUAAUUUACUUAAUUUUUAUAUUUUGUUGUCCUUUUAAUUGUGUUUGUUAUGACUGCGGAAAUGCAUUGGAGCUAUGACAUACUCAAGCAAAUGGCCAUCGAAGGCGCCUCCAAGUCAGACUUGGAAGAUAUGAAGGAGCUGCUGUCCAAUGAAAUCGGAUCUGCACGUAAAAUGGAUCGUAUCCAUACCAUACAGGACUUGAUUGAUUGCCUAGAACGAGGUGAUCAAAUCAACGAGGAGAAUGUAGAUGCAUUUCGUACGAUUGGCAGACAAAACCCGCCAUUGCUGCAGGCACUAGAUAGCUACCAGAAAGUUCCAUUUACGCGUCCCUUUGUGAAUCAAUAUCGGGAGCAACGUCUCGCGGAUCAAUUAAGACAGCAGCUUCACAUCAGUGCAUCUCAUCACAUUGCUCCACCUCAAGCGGCUGUGGCACCACAACCCCAGCCACAGAACUAUGUGGUAACUGCUCAAUUCACGGCUGAGAAGCGAGCGGCAAUCUUCAAGAAGAUCUCACAGGAAUGCGGUCGCUCCUGGCGCGAAUUGGGUCGCAAACUGGGCAUUGGCGAAGGCAUCAUGGACGACAUCGAGACCACCUAUCCGCGUGACCUCAAGUCGCGCAUUCUCCGCCUGCUGCAGAUCUUCGAGGAGGAUGAAUGCAACGAUCCACGUCAACUGCUCCUGCAACUCUGUCAAGGCCUCGCCGACUGCGGUCGCAAGGAUUUGCGCAAGAAGGUCGAGCAAAUAAUGUCACACUAAUCACAACAAUAAGUCUUCCAAUGUGAUCGUCAUAAACUACAGAUUUUUAUUAGCCUGUAAGCAAAGCAUUUAGGCAACUUAUUUAAUUCCAAUUUUUCAAAGCAAUAGCAUGCCAUAAAUUGCAAUUCAGAAUUAAUUUUGAUUUUCAUCUUGAACUUUUUAAGAACUAAGCAAAAUUAUUUUUUUACUUAUCGUUCAAAAGUUAAAUUGAUUCCUUUAUCAGUAUGAUUGCAGCUAACCAGUUAAAGGCUCCUCCUUUAUUCUUUAUUCCUUUAUUCAAUUGCAUGAAUUCUUUCAAUUUAAAUCAAGUUUUGUUUAAUUAAACAUUAAAAAGCAACCAACGCUUAUAAAAAAAAUUGGAAGUACUGUUAAGUUUUUAGCAUUACACCCAAUGAUAUAUAGGUUUAAUCAAAGAAAGAACGCUAAAAUGACAAAAAUUUCAUAUAAAAAUGGUGCAUGUAAAACAAAAAUAUUUUUACUUUUAAAUUAUAAUAAAACAAUUAUCGUCAUUACAUUGUCUGACUAGUCAAAAAUGGAUGAACUUAUCAGCAAUGUAUGAUUAUAAAAUUUCAAUAUAAAACAGAAAACCAAACUAUCAUAAUCCAAAACAUGCCAAUGCAUCUUCAUGCAAUUUUAAGCAUUUAUCUUAAAUCAUAUUGCAAUUGUUACAAUUCGCUAUGAAUUUAAAUAAAAACCAGAAAGUCAGUUUGUUCGUUUUUAUAGCUUAUUCUUUAUAUAUUUUUCGCAUAAUCCAUGACACUGACUACAAGAAAAAAAGGCGGGGCUCUUGAUAACUUGCGCCGUUCUUUUUCUUGAUAACAAGGGUGUGUUUUCUGUUAUUGUUCUUGUUUUCCUUCUCGAUUCUCUUGAUGUGAAGACGGCUGUGUUUUUGUUUUACAGUAUUACGAUUAAAAGAUGGGAUAACCAGGUAAUAAAGUGCAACACAAACACGUAACGUAAAA